GAAGAAGGAGAAGAAGAAGACCAUGUUGUAUCAUUCAAGAUCAAAUUCAUUACAUUCAAUUGUUGAAAUGAUUCUUUCAUUAUUAUUACUAAUAAUCUAUGGAAUUAUUAUCAUUUAUAGUAAACCAUUAGAUAUUGAAUCAGAUACACCAUUAACGAUAAGUUUUAAUCCAUCGUCUAAUCAAGUACAAUUAAAUCAACCAUUAAUAAUACGUUGUGAAGUUCAUUCAUUCAAUAAUAAACAAUUAGAAGUCAAUAAUAAUAAUAAUAUACUUAAUGGUUAUAGUAUGUUCUUUCAAUGUCCUAUAGCCCCAUGGGGUAAAUUUUGUUUUCAUAAUUGUCAAUCUGCAUGUGUCGGCGAAAUACCUAAUCAAUGUCCAUAUGAUAAUGAAUUAAGUCUUAUUAAAUGUCGUACUGCUAUGACUGAACAAGGUUAUUUAUUUUAUGAAUAUACAAUACCAAAUCUAACUGAAACAUGGUUAGGAUUAAACCAUAAUAAUAAUAAUAACACUUCAAUGGAUAAGGAUAAUCAUCGUAAUAAAAUAGAAGGUUUCUCAUGUAAAACAGCUGGAUUAGAAACACCAAGAAUUCCUUUAACUAUAGUUAAACCCAAUGAUAUUCAAUUGAAUAUAAUGGAUCUAUCAAAGACUAAAACAUCAUCAUCAUCAUCAUCAUCAUCAUUAAUUCUCAUUCAAUGA